AUGCUGCCGCUUCAAUUGAUAGGCAUUUACAGGUAUUACAAGCAAGAUACCGAUUCAGUCGCCCGAUGGCUCGCCUCGACUGCCAAUGCCUGCGGCUACCCUGCUGAUCUACUGUCCAACUCAGUUCCCGGGUCUGGAAAGACGUCCGAGCAGCCUUCUAAAGGCGGGCGUUUGAAGGGCAAGGAGAGAGCCAAGGCUCGCGCUGCCGACAGAGGAAAGAAGGGAUCGAAUGCGGAAACAACGACCGAGGCGAAACACAUCAUCGCCAUCAAGGACUUCCUUCCACUAGCGACCUUCAUUGCCGGUCGCCAAGAUCCAGCCGUUUCCGUGCCUGAUGUCUUCUCUACCACGAUCGAUCGCGUUAUCCGCCUCCGGUCUGCGUUCGCUGGUCAUUUGAGCGAUGGCGGAGCUCAGCCAGAUUCUCAGUCCGACGAACAGCAUGGAUACUUCGUUGGUGUUCUGAUGGCGGUUAGAGAGGCGUUACGACCGAAUAUGGCACCUUCAAAAGCAGAAGACACCGCAGCAGAUGCCGGUACAAACGCCAUCGACGAUGCGCCCAACGACCCGGCCAAAGAUCUUGGCAACAGGUUCGCUGCUUUGUCUGUUGGCGAGCCGUCUGAAGCGUUCAUCGAAGCAUUCCGCAACGCGUCACAUGAGAGACCGAAACCACGCGACGAAGACCCCGUCUCUUACGAAUCCGAGCCCCAAAGUUCACCGGGGGAUGCCAUGUUUGCCUUUUCGGCUCUGGCAAACGACCUACAGAAAAUCAGGGCUCAAAUCAAGAGUAUCUGGGUAAACCAUUGUGAUGGCACUCUGGAUCUCGCUUCUGCUGCCGUAGCUACCACUGCAGCCACGUCUAUUGCUUGUGGAUUGAUCGAAGAGGUGGCGCCUUUAUUAGACGCGCAAGAAGGGGGCGUCUUCGGCUUUCUGAACAACUUCUACCUGGCGCAGUGCAUUUCGAGGGGAUUCGAUCCAGAACAGGUCCGCCUCCAAAUGGACAUGAACAACUCCAACUACGACACAUACGACAUCGCCGACCAAUGCUACCUCAUCGCCUCACAUGUCAUGAGCAGCUUCGUUCACGCCCUUCAUCCCAAAAGGCUUCCACUGGUCAAUGAAAAGAUACUCGGCACUUACGACCCUUCCAGCAACCUUGCCUCCAAGACGGGGGUGGAGAGAGGAGGGCCGAAGACAGGAUUCUUCUGAUGGACUUUUUCCUGGAGCUCAUUACCGUGAUUCGAAUGGUUCCUG